AUGGACGUCCUGCUUGAUAUCCUCGACACUUUCGUCUUCGACCGGGUCUAUGCCUCAGUGCUUCCGAGCUAUGAGAUGUAUCCGGGCAAUGCGACCAUGGAGACUCAAUUCCUCUACAACCAGCACAUUGGCCUUUACUAUCCACUGCAAGCGUCCCAGUAUGCCAAUGCGAGCCGGUGGAAGCGUGACCAUCUCCCGAGACAGGCCCUGUCAUUAUUCUUCACCAUGUGGAUAUUCGGUGUUCUCAUGUACCUCAUUGGCAGCACGAUCCUGUACCACACUGUUUUCGACAAGUCUCUGAUGAAGCAUCCACGAAUCCUGCACCAGCAGAUCCGACAGGAGAUCAAGCAAGGACUAUUUGCCAUGCCUGUUAUGUCCAUCCUCACUGUUCCAUUCUUCCUGCUGGAAAUCCGUGGAUGGUCCAAGCUAUAUGACUUCGCGAGCCAGGAGCCCUUCCCUGGAUAUUCGUAUCUUCAAUACCCGCUUUUCAUCUUCUUCACGGACACGGGAAUCUACUGGAUCCACAGAUGGGAGCAUCAUCCCUCCGUCUAUCGUUUCUUGCACAAAAAGCACCACAAGUGGGUCGUGCCGACACCGUACGCCAGCUAUGCGUUCAACCCUUUCGAUGGCUGGGCCCAGAGUCUGCCCUACCACAUCUUCCCAAUGCUGUUCCCUCUGCAGAAGUGCGCUUACCUGGGACUGUUUGUAUUCGUAACUAUGUGGACCCUCGCAAUCCACGAUGCCGAAUGCCUCUCGCGUUCUGCAGUGAUCAACGGACCCGAGUGUCAUACGCUGCAUCAUCUGUACUUCAAUUAUAAUUAUGGGCAAUUCACCACGUUCUGGGACCGCUUGGGUGGCACAUAUCGCAAAGCCAAGGGCGACGAAUUGAAGCAUAAGAACGAGUAA